UUUCUCCCAGCCAACACCAACUCUUCUGACUGCCUCCUAGCACACAAUCAAGGGAGAAAACUGCUCUGUCCAAGGGAUGGUGCCAAGAGCAAAAACAAAGGAAACCAUGGCAAAGAAGGUGGCAGUGAUCGGAGCUGGGGUCAGUGGCCUGAUCUCUCUGAAGGGCUGUGUGGACGAGGGGCUCGAGCCCACUUGCUUUGAGAGAACGGAAGAUAUUAGAGGGCUGUGGAGGUUCACAGAAAAUGUGGAAGAAGGCCGAGCAAGUAUCUAUCAAUCUGUCAUCACCAACACCAGCAAAGAAAUGUCUUGUUUCAGUGACUUUCCAAUGCCUGAAAAUUUUCCAAAUUUCCUGCACAAUUCUAUACUUCUGGAAUAUUUCAGGAUUUUUGCCAAAAAUUUUGACCUUUUAAAAUAUAUUCAGUUCCAGACAACCGUCCUUAGUGUGAAAAAAUGCUCAGAUUUUUCAUCCUCUGGCCAAUGGAAGGUCUUCACCCAGAGCAACGGCAAGCAGCAGAGUGCCAUCUUUGAUGCAGUCAUGGUUUGCAGUGGCCACCAAAUCCUGCCGCACAUCCCACUGAAAUCAUUUCCAGGUAUCGAGAGGUUCAAAGGCCAGUAUUUACACAGCUGCCAAUACAAGCACCCAGGUGAAUUAGAGGGGAAGCGCAUACUGGUGAUAGGAAUAGGAAACUCGGCCUGCGAUAUUGCUGUUGAGCUGAGUAAGAAGGCUGCUCAGGUUUUCAUCAGUACCAGGCAAGGGUCCUGGGUCAUGGGCCAUAUCUCUGAAGAUGGCUAUCCUUGGGACAUAGUGUUCCACACCCGGUUUAGCUCUAUGCUCAAUGUCCUGCCACGAACAGUUCUAAAAUGGAUGAUGGAACAACAGUUGAAUCGGUGGUUAAGCCAUGAAAAUUAUGGUCUUGAGCCUCAAAACAAAUAUCUUAUGAAAGAAUCUGUACUAAAUGAUGAUCUUCCCAGUCAUCUACUCUACGGAGUCAUCAAAGUGAAACUGAAAAUGAAAGAGCUCACAGAAACUUCUGCUAUCUUUGAGGGUUCAGUGGAGAAAGACAUUGAUGUCAUUGUCUUUGCAAUGGGAUAUACUUUCUCUUUUCCCUUCCUUGAAGACUCACUUGUUAAAGUAGAGAAUAAUAUGGUCUCAGUAUAUAAAUACAUAUUCCCCCCUCACCUGAAGAAGUCAACCCUUGCAUGCACUGGUCUCAUCCAGCCCCUAGGCUCCAUCUUCCCAACUGUUGAACUUCAAGCUCGUUGGGUGAUGAGAGUUUUCAAAGGCUUGUGUAGCUUGCCCUCAGAGAAGACUAUGACAGCAGACGUUCUCAAGAGGAAUGAAAAAAGAAUUGACCUGUUUGGAGAAAGCCAGAGCCAGAUAUUGCAGACCAACUACAUCGACUACUUGGACGAGCUUGCCUUGGAGAUAGGUGCAAAAUCAGACUUCUGCUCUCUCCUGUAGAAAGAUCCUCAACUGACUGUGAAACUUUAUUUUGGACCCUGCAAUCCCUAUCAGUAUUGCUUGGUUGGACCUGGGCAGUGGGAAGGUACCAGGAUAGCCAUCAUCACCCAGAAACAAAGGAUAUUGAAGGCUCUGAAAGGGGCUCUGAGGGCUUCAUCUAAUUUCCCAGUUUCCUUCCUGCUGAAAAUCCUGGGACUUCUCACUGCUCUUGUGGCCUUCCAACUUCAAUGGCUCUAG